AUGCAGCCCAUGUUCAACCGGCAGUUCGUACGCCUGGCAGUCCCUCAGAAAAAGGUGGCCAGCAGGUUGCCGCCGCCCCGGGCCUCGUCUGCCAGGGGAGGGAGCCUGCCCGUGGCCGCGGAGAAGCCUCCGAAAGAGAAGCCGGCCAGUCCUUCCCGGAUGAAAAUCCCACACGAGAAGGAACCCCACGGGGACAGGCCCCCCGACAAGGCCAGGGCUGCCUGGGAUGCCGCCACCCUGCCAGCCAGCAGGAGCCACUUGGUCCAGGGCAAGCGAUCGCUCCCUGCUCCAAACAAGCUGCGCGGCCCGGGCAGCGCCCGGCGGGGCUCCUUCCUGAUUUCCCAGACGAAGCCCCCGCCCACCCCGACGAGUCAGUUUAAAAUCCCCGCGUUUCCUCCGGGUGACAGCACGACGCCUAGGUUCUCUGGGGCACAGAGGCUGCAGUCCUGCACGUCGGCGGGGAGGGUGGCCCACAGCACUCCCGCACGGCGCCCCUCAGGGCCGGCCAGGACCCCCGCCAGCACCACACGCGCGUCCGGCCUGCCCACACCCGCCGGCCGUCGGCUCUCUGGCCUCCCAUUGGUGACCCCUAGCACCGUGCCCAGGACCCUGGCUUCUCCCCUGUGCGUGUCCACUCGGCAGCUGUCGUCUGAGCCCCGGAGGACGUCUGCAGGGAGAGCUGCGCCGGGGAACAGGGGCAGCCAGGCGGUGGCCCCAGGCGCCGACGUGUCCUCGGACGGGAGUCUUUCUCCGGCUGUGCCGCAGGCUCUCAGCUUUUCUCCCGAGAAGAACGAGGCCGCCGUUUCAGAAAGUGCUGCCGCAGAGCCCCAGCACCAAGCUGCGCCGGGGAACAGGGGCAGCCAGGCGGUGGCCCCAGGCGCCGACGUGUCCUCGGACGGGAGUCUUUCUCCGGCUGUGCCGCAGGCUCUCAGCUUUUCUCCCGAGAAGAACGAGGCCGCCGUUUCAGAAAGUGCUGCCGCAGACUGCAUCCCGGUGACGGGCGGAAGCGCGAGUGGUGCCUCAAUCCCUGUGCCCCUGCAGGCUGUCCUCGUGGACGUCCCGCUGGGCCAGCGCGUCACGCCAGGCACCGGGCGCCCCCUCGGCGAGCCCCCUCUCAUCGACCUGAGCCUCACCCCAGAGGCUCCCGUGGCUUCGGGACCUGGAAGUCGGCCUCUGCUUGACCUCCUGACGAACACCCCGGACACGGACAGGAAAGCCACGGCCAAGCCGCUCCCCGGGGUGGGACAGCUCAUAGACCUGUGCUCGCCGCUGAUCCAGCUGAGCCCCGAGGCCAACAAGGAGAACGUGGACUCGCCGCUCCUCCGGUUCUGAGGGCAGAGCCGCCUUCACCUCCAUCUCCCUGUGAGCACACCGUCCCCGCGUGGCUCCAGCCCCCAGACGUCCGUUUUAGGAGAAAUUAUAUUGGAAAAGUUUAAAAACCUCAGGGAAGUCCCUGGGGGUGGGGGCUAUGGGGCGGGGCGUUGGCCACCUGCGGUCACUGCCGCCACUCCCUGCGCGGUGCCCUCGGAAGUCCACAUGAACUUUAUGAAUCUUUUUUAUGUAAAAUAGCAAAUGACUAUUUUAAGAACUAAGUUUGUAUAAAAGUUAAGUAUUCUAGGUUUAAGUUAAAUUGUAAAAUAAGUGAAAAUAUAUUAAAGCAUAUCUUGGUUUCAAAU